GCCACCUCUCAGCUCGACAAUAAUUCAAAGAGCGACAUUCAUACGAAUCCUGCCAACCACAUCUGUACCCUAUACCUUUAAUUCAUCGAUCGUCGUUGCUCGUAAACGUUUUGAAGAUGGCCAAGACACAUACUACUCUCUUUCCAACCCCACCACUAGACGAAUGCAAGGCGCUGAUUGAGAAUGUGUUUGAACUGACUCCUGUGCCCAGCAACGAUGGCCAAGCUGUCUUCACCAACACCCGUCCUCUAUGGCAUCCCUCUGGAUCCCGUGGAGUAUACGGAGGGACUCUCAUCGCCCAGUCCCUCUCAGCAGCCAUGCUCACUGUUCCCUCUACUGUCAACAUGCACAGUAUGCAUUGCCAUUUUCUCAUUGCAGCGACAGCAGAGACACCCAUUUAUUACCAUGUUGAUCAUGUCAAUGAUGGUGAUAGGUUGGUAACUUGUAUGGUGAAAGCCAAACAAAGAAACCAUCUGAUAUUCACAGCAGCUGUGAGCUUUAUUAAUAACCACAGCAGUAUGGGCGAGAAGGUCCUAGAGCACUCCAGAUCGAAACCUGAUGUUUCAGUGCCGCAAGAUCCUGCGGUAAUCACAGGAGAAGGUACUGGGAACGGGCUGUUUGAAUCUCGUAUUUUGGACAGUGACAUUGAUGACUUGCUUCGUCCAUCAGACAAAAGAUAUAGACGUUUCGUGCGAUUAAGGGGAACCAUAUCUAACUCUGGCGGUUCCAACGCACAUAUAUUGGCACUCACAUACUUAACAGACACCUAUUUUAUUGGAACCCUGUGGCGAGUCUACAAUCUAUCGCCUUACCCUUCUCCACCACCUACAGAUCAGGAAGAGCCAAACCAAAAGGCCGAGGAAAUCGAAGUGAUGGCCAGCCUUAACCAUUCCAUAUACCUACAUCACCCACAGGCGAUCCGAGUAGAUGACUGGAUGCUCACAGAAAUGGAGACUCCAUGGGCAGGAAAUGAGCGAGGUCUGGUUGUACAGCGGAUAUGGUCCACAGAUGGAAUUCUCGUUGCUACCUGCAUUCAAGAGGCUUUGGUGCGGCUGAAGCAACAUGAAACUCCGAAGCACAUGCUAUGAAGAUCAUUUCUGAUUUCGUAUGUAUGCCCGUGAAGCUGAAAAGGGAUAAAGGCAAAGAAGCAUGCCUGCAGUUUGUACUUUUUUCCGCAUUGCAUUGUCUAAUUAAUAAUGUCAAUGCCUAUUAAGAGAAGCGGCAAUGGCAUUCCAU